AUGCAAGGAAAGCCUUUGCCGUAUGGAUGCUCCGAAGCCAAGAAUGGCGUGAACUUUAGCAUCAUCGCACCGGAUUCCACCGCUGCGUGGCUCGUCAUCGAAGUGCCAGACGGCCAGGAGAAUGCCAUCUCGCUCCCGGGCAAGAAGGGCAGCUUUCUGCAGGUUCAGCUGCAGCCUCUCUCGCAUCGGACGGGCAACACCUGGCAUGUCCAGGUGGCGGCCUCCUUCCCCAUGGUGGGCUUGCGCUAUGCUUGGCGCAUUGAUCCAGAGGUGACGGACGACGGAGAGCCGGACCUCACCGAGAAUACCGUCCUCGACCCCUUUGGCCGCUGUCUGACCUCCGGAGGUGAAGACAGCUGGAACAAGCGUGGCGAAGACUUCAAGUUUGCUCCCAUGUCAGUGGUGCCCGAUUUCCGUGCGCUGCACUCGUUUGACUGGCAAGGCGUGACAUCUCCGGGAUACGGACUCAAGGACCUGAUCAUCUACGAGGCCCAUGUCCGAAGCUUUACGAAGCACGAAGACAGCGGCGUCCAAGCUCCCAAUGCCGGCACCUUUCUGGGCUUUAUCGAGAAGAUUCCUCACCUUGUGAGCUUGGGCAUCAACUGCGUUGAACUUCUUCCGAUUUUCGAGUUCGACGAGAGCCAAGUGCCCCGAGUUCAUCCGCAAACUGGCGAGUUCCUCUGCCAGUACUGGGGCUACCAGACCUGCGCUUAUCAUGUGCCGAUGCAGCGCUUCUCGGCCCAUGCCGGCAAGACCAUGUGGGCCUCAAUCGUCGAGUUCAAGACCUUGGUGCGCGAGCUCCACAGAAACGGCAUCGAGGUCGUGCUCGACGUAGUCUUCAACCACACCGGCGAAGGGGCCUGGGGCUGCAGCAACUGGAACUGCUUGGCAAAGAUCGCAGAGAGUCAUUUCUAUCUUCUCUCAAACGGCUACCACACCAACUACACCGGCUGUGGCAACACAGUGAAUGCCAACAAUCCUACAUGUACGGAGUGGAUCGUCGAAUGCUUGCGCUACUGGGCGCUUGAAAUGCACGUGCCUUGGCCAAGGUUUCAUAUGAGGCCGUGA